CGUAGGGAGGAGAUUGCCUCUACUGGUGCUCGCCGUUGUCGUCUUCCUCCACGUGUGUUUGUCGUGGCGCCCGUCGAAACAACAUCGCAAGAGGAGGGCGUCGACGAAACGGUCGGCAGGAGAGCGUACAAUGGCGGACAUGCAGGGACGCGCGGGUGUGGGUGCAGGUCAGGGCGGAAUACGACCUGCGACGGCGGAGCCUCCACAACGGUAUGACCCAUCCAUGUACGCCCAUUUGCAGUCGUGGGAGACGCCGCUGCCCCCGUCGGACGAGGAGCCCGAGACGGAAGAACUGCCGACGUUGCCUCUUGUUAGCGGCUCGACGCAGCUUUGGUCGCAGACGGUGCGAGCAGGCAGUUCGGGUUGCAACGAAGGCGGUGAGUACACGUCUUUGCUGCAGCAAGGCUUGGAAGACGACGACGAUGGAGGACUUGAUCUCAGGUUCGGCUUGUGUUCUGGCGGGUCCAAGGAGGCAAGCCGUACGUUGAUCAUCGACGCCAAUCCUUCGCCACGUGGCGUGGAACAGGGUGGGAGUCAGCGUACGGAUCAAACCACCCUUCGUGCCCGUGCGUCCGUCGCUGCCAGUGUCGGGCCAUCUGCAGUGCUCCGGCGUCAAGGCUCCACAACAUUGUCCGCCGAUCGAUCGACAAGUAACUGGCCUGCACGCAACGGAGCCGCAGCCGGGUCACCGCGCGUCGAGUGUGCACGUCCUUUGAUGCCCGAACGCACAACACCGACCCAAUCCGACGUCAGGGACACGGGUGCAUGCAGACCGCUGGUGCGUCUAGUACCCACAGUGGAGAACAUCACACGAGGUGUGUCGAACAUGAGGGCACACAGUGAUGGCGGCGACGGCGACGGUGUUAGCGUCGACGAUGCUAACGAGCGAUUGACGGAGGACGUGGACGCAGGGGACGACAACGAAGACAUUCCUGUUCGCCCGUUGGGGAAGACGGGUGGAAGGGGGAGAGCACGCAGUAGGGGUGUUGUUCGUGGUCGAUCCGUUGGCCGUGGCGGCAGAGGCUGUGUCAGCGACGAUGCCGGGAACUCUGUGACGUACUGGUCUCAAGAGGAACAACUGCAACUACUUCCCAGGAGAGGAGGUGGCGGUGGUGAGUCGGUUGGUAGUGAGGCUGGUGGUGAAGGCUUCCCCGAGGAACGUUCUUCUGCGCGGGAGUCCGAGAACAACGCAGGCAGCGGGGCUGGAGGCGGCAAGCGGAAGAAUGCACGUCAACAGGCGUUGGAGUCGAUCGCCGAUGUCAUGGAUCGACAUGGCGAGCUGAUGUCCACGCGGAUAGCCAGGAUCGCCGACCCAUCGCAGCUGCAACAAGCGACCUCUCGUGCAUCGGCAGUGGAGAACAUCGCUCUCCGCAUAUUGCACGACUGGGUUUUCAAGUUCGGGAACCGCCCGAGGGGUUACAAUCUUGCUUUCCAGUACUCGCUGGAGUCCGUGGCGACGGACAUAGCGCGAGCUAUGUGGUACGGCGUGGAGUGGUGCAACGUCGUCAGCCCUGUGGUUUGCGCACACACAAUAGAUCUCUCCAUGGACUUGCCGCUGUGGUUCGCGGCCGUGAACGUCGAGAACAGACCGGACGACGAUGACAUGGCGGCGUACCAGGAGUCCACCAUCAUCUGCGUCGCGCAUGCGUUCCGGGCGGCGGUGCAAAUGGGGGCGGUCAUCGAUGGUGAGUUCAUCUCGCACGAUCGUCUUUACCGAUUGGCUGACUGCUUUAGACUAUUGUUGGCGGCGUGCAUGUGGAUAAUGCGCAUGGCGGGAGACGAUCCGCUUCACUUCGAACCUUUCUACUUCGCGACGCUGGUGUCGAAGCCCACACUCGUGGCGUCCAUGCAUCGGCCGUUCGACCAUCGUCAAUCCGUUGGCCUCGCCGUGAAAGUCGUCACGGAAAGGCUCGGGAAGGCAAACGCCACGUUUGGAGAGCACCCCGACUACCUUUCUCGAUGGGCAGCCCGCGGCAUUGUGUUCAGACACGACGCAAGGAUUGACGGGCCGGAGGAAGCUAAGAAGCUCGAUUGGUUGGGUUCGGGGCCCGCCGAUGAUGACAAUGACGACGACGGCAAGGUUGGCGCGUAGAUGGGGGGGAGGUGGGCGGUACGACUGGGCGGGUGAGUGGUUCGAUCGACAUGCAAUUCAAAAGUGCUUUCACCGCACCUUUUCUUUAGUCUUCUUUGUUUGUCUGCCCUCCACCUUCGCACCGUUGUUAUCCUCUCUGCGAUGGAUGAUCAAAAGAUGUUUGCCUCGCAUGCAUGCACACAACCAAAGACGACGUCCCUGAAAUGCGCUUUGUAUUCGUUGUAUGAGGUCGACCAACCAUCAUCAAUGUUUUCGACAACAUUUUGUGAAGCUCACAAAAAAAAUCGUGACAGACGAACUUGCGAAAAAAAUCGUUGUAUGAGGUCGACCAACAGCACACAAAAACGAUCGUGACAGACGAACUGACAACGUAAUAAUUGAGACAAACAAAAAAAUUAAUAAAAACAUUGCUAUAAAAAAAGAAAAAAAAAAAGACUCGUCCUGAAACGAACAAGAUUUCAUGAAACACAUAAGACUGAGGAGCCAAACAAAUAGCAAUUCCCACC